AUGCAUGGAUCCGCAAGUGCCAAGCGUUUGCUCCAAAUGAGCUGCCGCAUGGCCGAGUACGGUGCUAACGAAGAUGAUCCUUCUAAUCAUCUGGCCCUACACAUUUACAAAGAAGUGACUCGGUAUCCAACAUUCCCCUCUGGAAAUGAGACAAAGGCUUCACGAAACAACCCGGAAAGGUCAUGCAGUGAGCAGUGA